CCGCGCAACCUCGCCUCACCACCCCCCGCUAGCGAAUUUCAUCCAUUGCGACUUGGUGACCGGGCACAACCCCCUGAAAUACUCGAAUCCCAGUCGCCUAGCCAUCAUUCCCUUUACUUGCAAGUCGGCUCGGAUUCCGCAGCCCCUGAAGCGAGUCCUGCGAGCACAUCCACUGCCUCAACCCGCCAGCAACAAGCAAACAAGCACGAAACGUUACUUGCCACGAUUCUACUAUCGACCAGCCUCGAGCUCGGUCGAAAACUGCCCACCAACAUGGCCCCAACAAAGCAGGAGCUCUCCCUGCUCAUAAAUCCUCUCGUUCCCGAGGCCGUCCAGCAUAACAACCGGGUCCUAUCCUCCCUCCAUUCCCUAACAGCCUUCCUCCUCGGCCUGUCCGCCGGCAUCCUUGCCCUCCAAUCAACCGCCGGCUUCGCCUUCUACUUCAGUGGCACGGUCCUCGUCUCCGCCCUCUUCCACGUCGUCAUCCUACAGCGUUCCUCCGGCGCCGGUGCUGGCGCUUUCUUCCCCGGUAGCAGCGGCGGCGAGAUCGAGGGUCGCAUUAGUAUGGAUGGCGGCGUGGUACGUAUGCAGAAGGAUGGGAAGCGGGGUGGGUAUGUGUUGCGUCGGGGUGGGUGGAGAGACGUUUGGUUUGGUGGGGGUGUUCUGAGUGAGGCGCUGAGUGGAUUUGUGCUAGGGUGGGCGGGUGUUGGUGGUGUUUUGAGGUAGUGGGUAAGGUCGUUUUUAUGCCUGUUUUGGGUUGACGGGUGAUAAAGGUUUAAAUAGGGAAUCUGGUGAUAUUGUUGUGGUGGUUAUCUUUCUGUCCGAUUUUGCUUUUUUGUUUGAGGUGAUUCGGCAGAUAGUUCACGUUAAUGGGCCUUUGGCUUGUGAAAUGAAUUGAGCAAAAUGAAGAUGUCUUGUUGGAUCGAGGAGAGUAUAGAUCGUAGUGAAUGUUGACUAUGAUCAUACCAAGUCAGAGCAAAGCAAAGGAAAGGUAGACCGGUGUGAGGGUCGCAUUUAAACUUCGACUCUAAGAGAUAUGCCAAUUGAGCUGCUGCCAUUUAAGCCGUUGGAACAAUUUCACACAUUCACACAUUUGAAGACUGCCUUGCCCUCGGCUCGAAGUACAACUCGAGUUGGAACUCGCCAAGGUAAUACAAAAUCAUCGUCUUUGACCUAGGUAAACCAUAUUCUUGGGCCAUGACUACUCAGAAUAUCACGAGGUUCUUGUGCAUACGAAGC